GCUCGUGACGUCAUAUUGGCAAAUGGUGAGUGGAUGGGUGUAAUAGGUGAGUUGAGUCGUGCUGAAUGAGACACACUGUACACACUUGCUGACUGCAUUGUUAGAGUACUAAUAACUAAUUUAUGACUUCAUAUAAUUUGUCAUGUCAACGCAAGAGAAUCAAGGGUUACUAACAAAAGGAGACGCCAUGGGUACAGAUGCGGAGAAGCAGUACGGAGCAAUAAGUAAAGAGAAAGAUAAAUUAGCAAACGGACAUACAGACAGCACCCAGGUUGAAUUUAGAGAUGGCCAGGAAGGGGGCCAAGAUGAUCCACCUCAGAAAAGAACAUCAUUCUUUGAAUUGUUCCGGUAUGCUACCUGGCUAGAUGUGAUGCUCAUGCUCCUCGGCACGUUGUUCGCCAUUGUGCACGGUGCUGGCUGGCCUUUCAUGAUGAUCAUAUUUGGUGAGAUGACCAACGAUUUUGUGGACAAAAAUAAAAAUAUCACCCUUGAAGAUUUUGAGAAUGAAAUCACCAAAUACUCAAUUAUUUAUUCAUAUAUUGGCUGUGCUAUUCUAGGUGCAUCAUUCAUACAGGCUACGUUUUGGAGUUUGUCAAGCGAGCGACAGUCACAUAUUCUUCGGAAGAGGUUUUUCCGAUCUAUACUGCGACAGGAAAUUGGUUGGUUUGAUAAACACCAAAGUGGGGAACUAACAACCAGAUUAGCUGAUGAUUUGGAACGAGUGAAGGAAGGUACUGGGGAUAAGAUCAGCUUUGUUAUGCAGUUUACUUCACAACUUGUUGCAGGAUUUGCAAUAGGGUUCUGGAAAAGCUGGGAAUUAACAUUGGUGAUGAUGUCAUUCACUCCACUGCUGGCAAUCUGUGGGGCAUUCAUGGCUGUUACUAUUACGUCAUUCGCCAAGAAGGAGCAGUCUGUUUACGCGGCAGCAGGAAGCGUUGCAGAGGAGGUACUCUCCUGUAUCCGGACCGUCGUUGCGUUUGGUGGUGAGCAAAAAGAAACCGAGAGGUAUAGCAAGGAACUUGUUGCCGCCAAAAACGUCGGAGUCAAGAAGGGUCUAACUACAGCUCUUGGUAUCGGUCUGUUUAUGCUGAUUUUGUUCUGUUCAUAUGGACUAGCGUUUUGGUACGGACCAAAGAUGGUGAGUGAAGACAAAAUCGACCCUGGUGAAGUACUUACUGUAUUUUUUUGCGUCAUGAUUGGUUCAUUUUCUCUUGGAAACAUUACGCCGCAUCUGUCUUCUGUUGCUACCGCAAGGGGUGCUGCUUACGCCCUCUUUGAGAUAAUCGAUAAUGUACCAUCGAUUGAUAGCAGCUCCGAUGGUGGACUUAAACCUGCAUCCCUAAAAGGAAAUAUACAAGUGAAGAAUGUAAAUUUUUCGUACCCUACUAGGCCUGACGUACAGGUUUUGAACGACAUCUCGUUGGAGAUCGUCAGUGGACAAACCGUUGCUCUGGUUGGUUCGUCUGGUUGUGGCAAAUCAACCAUUGUUGGUCUCCUGCAGAGAUUUUAUGACAUCAGCGGUGGACAGAUCUUUUUAGAUGGAGUGGAGAUCAAAGAUCUGAACAUCAAGUGGCUGCGUCAAAACGUCGGCGUUGUCAGUCAAGAACCAGUCCUGUUCGGUUGCAGUAUUGAAGAGAAUAUACGCUAUGGCAGAGAAGGUGUCACACAAAAUGAGAUAAUACAGGCUGCUAAAUCUGCCAAUGCACAUGAUUUCAUCAGUAAGCUCCCAAAGGGAUACAACACCCUAGUCGGUGAACGAGGCGCCCAGCUAUCCGGUGGCCAGAAACAACGCGUAGCCAUAGCACGUGCUCUAGUGCGUAAUCCAAAGAUUCUACUCUUAGAUGAAGCGACAUCAGCUUUAGACAGUGAAAGUGAAAAACUUGUCCAAGAAGCACUUGAUAAGGCGCAAGAAGGUCGAACAGUACUUGUAGUUGCCCAUCGUCUGUCAACCAUUAAACAUUCUGACGUCAUCUUUGCGCUGAGAGAUGGACAAGUGGUGGAACACGGAUCACACGACGAGCUUAUGGAGAAGAACGGUGUUUACAAACAGCUGGUCACACUACAAAUGAUCGAAGGCGCAGCCGAAGAGUCCGUAACAGAGAAAAGCGAUAUAGACAAAUCGGAAAAAACAUCUUCAAUUACUAGGCAAAUAUCCACAAAACGUCAGUUGUCUCGCCAAAGAUCACGCGUUUCAUCAUCAGCAAGUGGUACCAGCGAAAACAAGGAAGAGGAGGAAAAAGAGUUGGAAACAUUACGCCGCAUCUGUCUUCUGUUGCUACCGCUGUUCGCCAUCUUCUUCGGUGAAAUAAUAAAUGUUUUCUCUCAGGACACACUUGAGGAGAUGCAAGAUGCUGCUAGGUUUUGGUCGUUGAUGUUCGUGCUACUUGGUGUUAUCACCGGAUUGGGGAACUUCUUCCAGACUUGGAUGUUCAGUAUCUCGGGAGAGAAUCUUACGAUGCGUCUCAGAAUCAAAGCGUUUUCCUCUAUGUUAAGACAGGAAAUGGCAUGGUACGAUGACCCUUAUCAUAGCACUGGUGCAUUGACUACAAGGCUUGCCACUGAUGCUUCAAAUGUUAAAGGGGCGACGGGUAUUCGGAUUGGAGCUGUUUUGCAGUCGUGUGUUACUAUGUUAGCCGCUGUGUUUAUUGCUUUGUACUACGGUUGGAAACUUGCUUUGGUGAUGUUUGGCUGUCUUCCGUUCCUAGCUUUAGCAGGGAUUUUCCAAAUGAAAGCCAUUUCUGGUAGUCAAAAAGCAGAUGCCGAAUUGCGUGAAGACGCUGGAAAGACUGCCAGUGAAUCGAUUGAGAAUAUGCGCACUGUGGCGUCUUUGUCAUUAGAAGAUCGUUUCUAUGAUCAAUACUGCAAACAGUUGGACAUACCUUUCGAAAUAAGCAAAAGGAAUUCGACGCUGUAUGGAUUGUCGUUUUCGUUCUCGCAAGGUAUUAUGUUCUUCAUAUAUGCGGCUGCUUUCCGAUUCGGUGGACACCUUGUUGCAAAGGGUGAGAUGAUGCCAGAUGAAGUCUUUAAGGUUUUCUUUGGCAUUUCAUUUGCUGGUAUAUCACUUGGUCAGUCGUCAGCUUUCAUACCGGACUAUACGAAAGCAAAAUACUCCACAGCUCUUCUCAUCAAGCUUUUCAACACAGUGCCCUCUAUCGACAGUUACUCCAAUGCCGGCUUAAAACCUGCGAAAAUGGAAGGGAUAAUCGAAUAUAAAGGCAUCCAUUUUACCUACCCUUCGAGACCCGACACGAAGAUAUUAAAAGGGUUGGAUCUGACUAUUGAACCGGGGUGUACGGUGGCAUUAGUUGGCGAAAGUGGCUGUGGUAAAAGUACUUUGGUGUCAAUAUUGGAACGCUUUUAUGAUCCAGCUGAAGGUCAAGUGUUGUUAGAUGGUAGUGAGACUAAAGAAUACAACAUUAAAUGGUUAAGAUCGCAAAUGAGUAUCGUAAGCCAAGAACCUGUCUUAUUUGAUAGAACUAUCAAAGAGAACAUCGGGUAUUCUGUCGACACGCCCCUAACGGAUAGCCAGGUAGAGGAAGUGGCCAAGAUGGCCAACAUACACGACUUUAUCAUCUCACUACCUCAGGGAUACGGAACAUCUGUGGGAGAAAAGGGCACUCAGCUGUCGGGUGGACAGAAGCAGCGAGUUGCAAUAGCUAGAGCACUUGCCAGAAACCCUCGAAUCAUAUUGCUGGACGAGGCUACAUCGGCUUUAGAUUCGGAAAGUGAAAAGAUCGUGCAGACAGCAUUGGAUCGUGCCAUGGAUGGUCGCACGUGUAUCGUGAUUGCGCAUCGUCUAUCAACAAUACAAAAUGCAGAUAAGAUAGCCGUAGUAGAAGACGGUAAGAUCAUCGAAGCGGGCACGCACCAGGAACUGACGGCAAAGAAAGGACAUUACUUUGUGCUUACUGGUGGCCAACGUGAAGUUAAGCCUAAGUCAGAAAACCAAAUCGAUUGUCAUAUAGAAACCGAUUAAUAUUGAGAGACAAAUUAUGAUAUCGCUUUUUAUCGACCACACAUAAAUUUAUAUGAAGUUAAGUCAGAAAACCAAAUCGAUUGUCAUAAUUUGAAAAACCGAUUAAUAUUCGGAUGCAAAUUAUGAUAUCGCUUUUUUAUGGACCACACAUAAACUUAUAUGCAGUUAAGUCAGAAAAUCAAAUCGAUUCUCAUAAUUUAAAAAAAUGAUUAAUAUUCAUGACCAAAUUAUAAUAUCGCACUUUAUGGACCGGACAUAAACUUAAAUAAAAUUUUAUGUGUAGUCCAUAAUGAAUGUGAAUGUGAUACUAAUUAUUAUUAAAGAUUACUAUAAUUAUUGUCAGGAUUAUGUAUACUUAAAUUAUAAAACAUAUUGAAGAGUGGGUUUGCAUGUAUGCUCCAAGUAAAAUAAAAUGCAAAAGCAAUGAAA